AUGAUGAAAGAGGUGAAGGAGGCUUUUCGUUUUGUAAAUUCAUCUGCCUUGUGGUACAUGCUUCUUUGGACUAUUUCUCUCGUUUCUUCCUACUUGCAAUUGCUUAGAGCAAGGAUCUUGGGCUCAAAAUCUACUCCCAUUUCUGCCUCCAUUGAUCCAAAUCUUGGAUCUUCAAGACCCAUUUGUGUUAUCACUGGUGCUACUUCUGGACUUGGUAAGGCAACUGCAUUUUCUCUUGCCGAGAAGGGUUUCCACAUUGUUCUUGUUGGACGGUCCCCACAGCUUCUUUCAGAGACUUUGAAGGAAAUCAAGAGCAGGAACAAAGAUGCACAACUCAAAACUUUCGAAGUUGACAUGUCUUCUUUUAAAUCAAUCUUCAAGUUCAAAAACUCUCUAGAGAAAUGGCUCCCGGACUCAGAGUUACAUCCUUCGAUUCAGCUUCUGGUGAACAAUGCUGGGAUCAUGGCAACUUCUAGUCGACCAACCACGGAUGGUUAUGAUAGGAUGAUGGCUACAAACUAUAUAGGUCCAUUCUGUUUGACCAAACUUCUUUUGCCACUUCUGAAAAACAGCUCUGUGCCUUCACGGGUCGUCAACGUUACAUCUUUCACACAUCGUUACGCUUCUCUUCGGAAGUUUGACAAGGAUUCUGUAACUGGAGUAUAUUUGUGGGCACUAAACAAAUAUCCUUAUCCUCAGACCUACGAGUAUUCAAAAUUAUGUCUUCUACUUUUCUCAUAUGAAUUGCACAGACAACUUCGCCUCACAGACGAUUCACACCAUGUCACUGUUAUAGCUGCAGAUCCCGGAUUUGCGAAAACCAAUAUAAUGCACGAGUUUCCUUCAUACGUACUUGCCAUAGCGUUUCUUGGUUUCAAAAUUCUUGGACUCCUCCAAUCUCCACACGAAGGAGCUGAAUCUUUCAUCGAUGCUGCUUUAGCUCCACCUGAAACAUCAGGUGCUUAUUAUUUUGGAGGAAAAGGAAGGACCAUUGAGUCAUCACAAGUUUCUAGAGACUCCAAACUCGCUGAACAACUUUGGGAAACUUCUUGUUUCGUUCGUUUGAUAUCUUGGAUCAAAAGGUUUUCUGGUAGAGGAGAUUAUAAUCACCGGAUCGAGAUCAACAUAUAUCUAUACAUAAAGAGCGUGAAUGAGAUUAUGAUGGAAUCGAAAGCUGGUAAUAAGAAGUCUAGCACUAGUUCCUUAUUCUACGAAGCACCCCUCGGUUACAGCAUUGAAGACGUUCGUCCCAACGGUGGAAUCAAGAAAUUCAAAUCUUCUGUCUACUCUAACUGCGCGAAGAGGCCUUCCUGA